GUAAGGUUAACUUCGUACAGCUGGCAACUGAGCGAUCCGUUCUCCUACAGAAAAUUACACCCAGCAUCUAUCAGGAUACGUGCAAAAUGUCCGUCGGGAUAAAAUACAUUCCUGGGAUUCUACGGAUAAGAAAAAUGCAGCGAUGAAACAGCGGAGGAGGAGGCCGUGGUCAUAAAAAAAACACAAAAAAAAAAAAAAUAUUGUCAAAAAUAUGAGCGAUGAUUGUUGCCUUAGGUACGGAUAGGUGUGAACCUCCACAACAUGAGGCGCAUGUAAAAAGACAUGGAGAGGCGUGUCUCCAAGCGUAGUGUACCAAAUACUUUAGCUCUUCUAACGCUAACGUGCUCUCUCCUACUGUCCUACAGCUGGUACAUCUAUUUUUGCUGUAACGCACCUUUAGAAUCUUCCAAGCCUCCUCAAGAUCCUUCGAAGCAUCGCAAGAUGCCGACCAAACACGCCGAUUAUGUUAUCCGUAGUUGGCUUCCGAGAAGAAUUAAAGAAAGGAUCGAAGCAAACAGCUUAGAAGAAAAUGAUAGGAAGGUUAUUAACAGAACUUAUUCGGCAUCCGGUUAUCCUUUAAGGAAACUUCCUCAAGCUUUAAUUAUUGGUGUUAAGAAGUGCGGUACUCGAGCCCUUUUGGAAUUCUUACGUUUGCAUCCUGACGUAAGAGCGCCCGGUCCUGAAAUUCAUUUCUUUGAUAGGUAUUAUCGCCGUGGGAUGGAAUGGUACAGGUAA